AUGAGCUGCACGACGAACGCCAGCAACGUGCCUGAGGACCUGGACGUCUUCGACGACCAUGGCGACGAGCUCGCGCAUGCCCUUCCACCUGCGAGCAUGGACGCGCUCGGCACGACCUGCCUUGGCGACAAGACCGAGCUCUGCUCGCACUGCGGCAUGCCGGUCCGAGGCGAAGAGCCCCACGAAGACGCUAUCAGUGUCCCGCGACAGACAUCGCAGUGGGUGGCAGCUCUCGUGCGUGGCAUGUCCUCCGACAACAUCGAAGACGAGCAGCCGGCCACGAUCGUGGCACCGCUGGGGUGUAGCGCGAUUCCCAUGACCCCGCUCUUCCGCCCGGCUUGUCCGGCACCGUACGGGCACUCGCACCGGACGGUGGCCGGCGUCUGCUCCGUCCCACUGUGCGCUACCUUCUUGCACGAGGACGCGCUCGGCGACACUCGGGCUUUCGGCUAUUUCCACCGCUUCGGCUUGUCCAUGGACGAAGCCUUCUCCUCGCUCUCGCCCGCGGAGCUGACGUUUUUCAGCAGCCAGUGGGUCGUCGGCGACGUCGAGCACCAUGGCGGCACGAAGACCUCGGUCCUCUUCGGUGGAUUUUUCAAGGACGAGGUUCUCUGGCGCCUUCCCCACGACUUUGCGUACCGCGGCAACACGCAAGGCGUUGUGUACACGUUCCGUGUGCUCCUCUACACCAAGGUCGGCGACCUCUACGAGCUGGUGGCGUACCAAGACUCGCCCGAGUUUGCGGUGCGCAACAGCAAACGCAAGCCUACAGCGACACUGGCCGAGAAGAACCCCAAGCGUAGCAUUGGCAACGCUGUGACCUCGGCCUGA